AUGGGGAACACGGAGAGGCUGAUGAGUCAGAUCAUGGACUUGAAGACUACGGCCAAGAACCUGCAGCGCCAGGCGCGCAAGUGUGAGAAGGAUGAGAAAUCGGAGAAACUCAAGGUGAAGAAGGCGAUCGAGAAGGGCAACAUGGACGGGGCGCGAAUCUACGCCGAGAAUGCCAUCCGCAAGCGCAACGAGCAGAUGAAUUACCUCCGUCUUUCCUCCCGCCUCGACGCCGUCGUGGCGCGCCUCGAUACGCAGGCCAAGAUGCAGACUAUUGGCAAGUCCAUGGGAUCCAUCGUGAAGUCCCUCGACUCUGCGCUGGCCACGGGGAACCUUCAAAAGAUGUCGGAGACAAUGGACCAGUUUGAGAGGCAGUUUGUGAACAUGGAGGUCCAGGCGGAGUUCAUGGAGAGCUCCAUGGCUGGGUCCACGAGCCUAUCUACUCCGGAAGGCGAAGUUAACAGUCUGAUGCAGCAGGUGGCGGACAAUUAUGGGCUGGAGGUCUCAGUUGGACUGCCUCAGGCUGCUGCACACGCGAUCCCUGCGAAGGAGAAGGAGAAGGUGGACGAGGAUGAUCUCUCAAGGCGCCUAGCUGAGCUCAGGGCUAGGGGUUAG